UAGUAUUAUUAUUCCCCAGAGGCCAGAGGCGAUCGGAUUGGCACUACUUUGCAAUUACUAAUUGUUAAUUUUUAAAAAUAUAGUACAACUACUUAGUGCAUUUAACAAUGUCGCAGAUCUGUCAGCGCGGUUUGUUGCUGAGCAACCGUUUCGCCCCCGCCGCGAUUCGCGCCAACUCAUCGUGGUUCACUGAAACGAAAAUGGGUCCUCCCGACGCCAUUUUGGGUGUUACGGAGGCCUUCAAGAAGGACAAAAACCCAAAGAAAGUCAAUCUGGGCGUUGGUGCCUAUCGCGAUGACAACACCAAGCCUUUUGUUCUUCCCAGUGUCCGAGAGGCGGAGAAGCGUGUGAUUGAUCGCCAGAUGGACAAGGAGUACGCCACCAUUAUUGGCAUUCCAGAUUUUUACAAAAAGGCCAUCGAGCUGGCAUUGGGCAAGGACUCCGCACGUUUGGCAGCCAAGCACAAUGCUACCGCCCAGUCGAUCAGUGGCACUGGAGCCCUCCGCAUUGGAGCCGCCUUCUUGGCCAAAUGGUGGAAGGGAAAUCGCGAAAUCUACAUCCCAAACCCUUCUUGGGGUAACCACGUAGCCAUUUUCGAACACGCUGGCCUGCCCGUGAAACGUUAUCGCUACUACAACGCUGCCAGCUGCGAUCUGGACUUCAACGGAAUGAUCGAAGAUCUAAAGAAAAUUCCCGCGAAGAGUGUUGUCUUGUUGCAUGCCUGCGCCCACAACCCGACCGGAGUGGAUCCCUCUUUGGAACAGUGGAAGGAAAUCUCGUCGGUGCUGAAGAAGCAGAAGCUGUACCCAUUCAUCGACAUGGCAUACCAAGGAUUUGCAACUGGUGAUCUGGAUCGUGAUGCCCAAGCGGUUCGCAUUCUCGAGGCCGAUUGCAAUGACUUCAUUCUAGCCCAGAGUUUCGCCAAGAACAUGGGUCUCUAUGGUGAGCGUGCCGGUGCGUUCACUGUCAUGUGCACCGACGAAGAUGAGGCUGCUCGUGUAUUGUCCCAGGUUAAGAUCCUGAUCCGAGGUCUAUACUCCAACCCCCCGUUGCACGGCGCCCGCGUGGCUGCCGAAAUUUUGAACACCGAGGAUUUGCGCGCUCAGUGGCUGAAGGACGUUAAACUGAUGGCCGACCGCAUCAUCAGUGUGCGUUGCCAGUUGCGGGAAAAUCUCAAAAACCUGGGAUCGUCCCACAACUGGGACCACAUCGUCAAUCAAAUUGGCAUGUUCUGUUUUACCGGACUGAAGCCGGAGCAGGUUGAAAAACUGAUUAAGGAGCACAGUAUCUACCUGACCAAGGAUGGUCGCAUCUCGAUGGCUGGCGUUACCAGCAAGAAUAUCGAUUACCUGGCUGAAAGCAUACACAAUGUUACAAAGUAGAGCGAACACACCGUAGAGAUCGAUGUAGAGAUGAAGUUUUGACAGUAGCUACUUGUCGGCACCUGUACGAAUUUUAAUAGCACUAAAGAAUUGGAGAACUCUAGUUAAACUAAUUGCAUUUGGCACACUCUCUAUAAAUAUCUCUGUACAUAAGCUAAAAUAUCUGCCCCUUGGAAGUAAAGCAUUUUAAAUAUUA